UUCAGGAUGAAUUCUGCUUAUGAAGUGAUGAAGGGAAGGCCAUGGAAAGCUGUCAACUUUGAUUGGGAUUUUUCAGUCAGUGAUAAAGGACUCAAGAGAGGAAUAGCAAUUAUACCAGAGAGGAACAGUUUUAUUAGAAUGUUGGAAGAUUUAAAGUUUCAAAUUUAUCCAUUUGACCAUGAAGAUGUAAAGUUGACAAGAAAUUUAUCCAAGUCUAAAUUUUUGGAUGAACUGAGGGAAUUUAAGAGACUUUGCUGUGAUGGCUCGUGUGGAUGCCUUUUGGUGACAGUGUCCUCCCAUGGAGUGAUUCUACCACAAAAUGAACAAAAAGGCAGCCAGACAGACAAUGUGGAAACACAAGACGGACAGACAGACAAGGUUAAAACAUACGAGGAUUACGUUUUGACACAUCCAGAACCAGGCAAAAAUGGAUUCUCAACAAACUUUAAAGAUGAACGUGUCUCAGUGCGGGAAAUAGUUGAAAUAUUCAGAGAUCCAGAUUUAAAAGGAAUACCAAAAAUAUUCUUUAUUCAGGCAUGUAGAGAUGACUCAAAACAAAUUACGGGAAAUUCAGGGGUAGAUGAAGGUGUGCAACUUUUUGUUGGAGAUGAAAACAGUGUGUCGGGCAAGUUUUAAUAUCAUUACAUCAUGUUUUUCUGUAGUUUUAAAUUCAUUGAUCAACUGGUCAAAG